AUGUUCGUGAGUAUUCAGCGACGGAUUAAGUAUGUGCUAACAAAAACUAGUAUUCGAAGACGCCGUUUGGAAUUGUCAAAUGAGUCGAGAUACUCCAUUGAGGAGAUGAAUGAACUCAAAUCCUCUGUAAAAGAAACACCAAAGGAUUAUAUUAUGACGAACGAAAAAGAAUCUGUGAUUGUGAAUCAGUUGCCCAAUGACCAGCUGAAUAAGGAAACAAUCACAAACAAUGUGCCUACUAGCAUUUCUUCAGAGGUCUCACGAAUGAUUGAUCAAGGCCUUCCUGAAGAAUACAUCGUGAAAGAAAUGAAGGAGCGAAAGAUUCGCAGACAAAAUAUUGCUAUGACAGAGGACAAUUACAUAUCUCUUGAAACCGGUGAUGCCCUUUACAUACCUUUAAAGGAAAACAAAUCAUUACUACAGCGUGAGGAUGAUGUUCUUGACAAUGGUUAUGGAGACUAUGAAGCUAUGAUAGAAGAUGGGCUUGUUAUAACCGACCAGCAAAAACAACAAGAAGCAAAGUUGAAAGAAGAGUGUAUUGAAAAUGCUGCUGAGCAAAUUGUGGAGAGCGAAAAUAAUGUGGACUGGGGAAGCUGGGAAGCUGCACAAGUCCGGAAAGGCGUUUACAAUGCUGACCAGCAAGAAAUGCUACGGAAACAAAACCGCCCUCAGCUGGCAAAAAUUCCAACGUUGCAAGAACAAAUUCAACGGUUGCGUACAUGUAUUGCGGAGGAAAAACUUCAACAAGAUGAACGGAUGAAACAACUCGAGUCGGUAUUGGCCGAGGAACGUGAAAUUGCAAACCGUGAGCAAAUGUUACGGGACUCGUUUAAGGCGCUUGAUGAUUUGAGUAAGAGUCAUAUAGCACAAUUAAACGUGUAA